ACCUCACUUCCGCCCGUGCGGGAAACCCCGCAGCGGAUAUAGCUGCGCCUGCUUCCGCUCGGGCCCCUUUUCGGUCGCGUCUGCCUCAGCGCCAGCAUGCCCCUGGCGAAGGAUUUGCUGCACCCUUCCCCCGAGGAGGAGAAGAAGAAGCACAAGAAGAAGCGGCUGGUGCAGAGCCCCAACUCCUACUUCAUGGACGUCAAAUGCCCGGGUUGUUACAAGAUCACGACGGUGUUCAGCCACGCUCAGACCGUCGUGUUGUGCGUGGGCUGCUCGACCGUGCUGUGUCAGCCCACGGGGGGCAAGGCGAGGCUGACAGAAGGUUGCUCCUUCAGGCGAAAGCAGCAUUAGGGAGUGGGGAUGGCUGUGACUGCAGGCCCGAGCAGGGGCUGCCCCCCCCGAGCCGCGCCGUGCGACCCAGCAGGGCUGCUUACAGGGCUGCCCGCGGAUGCGACUCUGGCGCUGCCCCUGCGGCCUCCCCGCGGCGCUGUCAAUAAAUUUUGGAUAAAAUACCGGCAAA